UUGACUGUGAGACACAGAGGAGAAUGAAUGGUCAUGUAAAGAAUAUGCAUUUUCAACAGCUUGUGGAAAGAGCAGCAACAAUACUCUGCUUCCUGCUGCUUGUAUUUGUUGAUUCAACAAAAACCGUGGCAGCCGCCAGAAAUCAGGGGUGCAGCCAUGACCUGCAUCACACUCUGAAGCUCACCAGGCUUGUCCAUAAGGACACUGGUGAUCUAAUAAAACAAUAUAAAGCGUCCCAAGGGGAAAUGGCAGAGCUCCUCUGCAAGGCUUCAGUGAGUGACAUCCCUGACCCAAACAUCUCUGGGCUGGAGCCUUCAGAGAAAACAGCAAGCAUGUAUGCACAGCUCCAAGCCUUCGCCCCUCAUCUGAGGAGGGUGUACGAGCAGCAAACAGACUUGCAGCCUCCCAAGAGUCCGCUUCUAAAUCUGCUUAACAUGGUGAUAAAUCGGACCGGGAUGCUGACUCGCCGCAUAAACAACUUUUAUCACAAAGUCUUCCCGAACCUUCCUCUACCGGAACCGGCGGGUGGAUCCACAACACUACCGUCGCCUCAGAACAUCUUCCAGCAGAAGGUCUACGGCUGUGUGGUCCUGACGACCUACAAGAAGCUCCUGACAAACAUGUCCAAAAACAUGAGGACUCUAAGAAGCAAAGUCUGCAGAAAGGCACCACCAAGUGAAUUCAACUUAUUUUGAUGACCUGGGACUGACCUUCGGCGGUCAGUUUCCAGCAGCACUUUACUUACUUGUAAUAGACUUACAAAAACAUUAGCUUGAAGAUGGCAGGUAAAUUGGAGUAAUGGAGGAUAUUUAUCGUAUUUAAUAUUUAUUUUCUGAAAGUGUUCCUGGAAUGAGUGAAGUGUGAAAUGAUUAACAGGCUUAUUGUUGCAUGUUUUGUAAUUUAAAUGUUUUUUUUUUGUUUUUUUUUGCUUUACACAUAACAUUAAUCUCUUGUUCACGCCUGAUUACAUCAGUAUGGAGAAUUAAAAGAUGCAACACAAGCUGA